AUGGGGUGCGAAAGGACAAAGUUCCUACGAAACCCCAAGUGGAUGACUCUGUCGAAGUGCAUGACCUUGAGCUGCGCGGCCAUCGAUGGAUUCGUGUUGACGCAGAUCAACAAGUGGCACACGCGAAUCCUGAUGGCCAUGCUGAACCUCACUCAGGGGGACUGGCUGCGCUUCGACAUGGGACAGAACUGGCACAGCUUAUCGAAGCGAUAUCCUUGGCUUCUUGAGAAGCCGCACUUCUCCAGUCUUAUCGACAGGCUUCCAGAACUGCUGGUGCUGCAGUGCAUCUACCUUUUCAUCUUGAUCUUCAACCUCAAUGCGUCGUAUGCUGGGAAGGAUGAAGUCGAAGGUUGCAAGACUUUUUGGACCUUCCGAUUCCUGGCAUCCUUCUUCAUCGGCGUCUUCAUAGGUGGCUUCAGCUUUUUCGGCCACGUGCGCUGCUUUGCGUGGCUCCUCGCAUCCCCGGUGAUCCGUCAGAUCCACAUGUUCCUCAUGCAUCACGAGUGCAUGGAGAAUCCGCCCAUGUACCUCUACCUCACGGAUGGGGGUCCGGUGGAGGAUCUAGGACUUGUUCAGCUUCUGAGACGCCGGCGUCGCUGGAUCUUGUCUUUCGAUGUGGGCGACGACCCGGCUUGCGAGUUGAUCGAUCUUCGCACAGCGAUCGCUCUGGCGCGCAAGGAGAAGAUCUGCAGCUUCUACUUGGAAAAGGAUCCCCGACGAGAUUUGGAAGAGGUGAUCAACGACUUCGCCAAAGGCCGCGAAAGGUUCCUUCACCUCGGUGUACUUUACAAAGACGCGGGUGGACUCUCCUCGGAGAUCGGCGAGAUCUUCCAUGUCCGAAUGCGUCUCCUUGACCCCCCCAGCGGGGUUCCCGUGCAGCCACUGGUGCAGCCCGAGGAGGUGAGGUCGGGGUCCGCGCUUUCCGCACCGCCGACGCACCUGGCGCACUCGAUGGUUCAUCUCUGUCCACCUCAUUCAGAUUUGGAGUUGUCAGCGGCUGCGAAUGGCGGGCUACACCAGGACUAUGUGCCCUCGUCACAGACUUCAGGCAGCUCGGAUGGCACGCCCACACAGAAGAGGGCGGAGCUCGGAGGCAUUUGCUGCGAAUGCUGCAAUGAGUGGGCGCAUGGUGGCGUGUGCGGCGCCUUUCCAAACACCCACACAGUCAACCAGUUCUUCACACCCAAGGUCUGGGCAAACUUCUGUCGGCUUGGUCGUGAAACUCGGCUGCACAAGACCUCCAUCUAG